AUGCCGGCCGCGCGAGUCCGAACGGUUCAAGGGUCAUGUUGGCCGUGCAAAAAACGUCGUGGCAUCUGGGGCUGUGUGCAACUAUGCAGAACUGCUCGUGCGCUGGAAGAUUUCCCUCCCAAACACCAAGGCCGUGACGAGAAAGUCUUGGCCAUCGCCGUCACCAUCACCAUCGCCUUUGCCUUUGCCAUCCAGAUCACUGUCACGCCCCCGAUCCCGACCCAGAUCUCGGUUCCGGUCGCCGUCGCCGUCGUUGUCAGUGUUACUGUCACCAUGCUCGUUGCUAUCGUCGAUGACCCUACCCAACCCUUUUGA